AUGAUUAACCAAUAUUUUCUUCUCUUCUUCGACAGAUUCCGCCCUGAGGCAGGACCUAAUUGGGGCUACGGCAAUGUGGGUCAGCAGUACCAGGGACCCUUCGCUGAGAGGCUAGUGUCCCCACGAGAGCAGCUGAUGGAGGCACUGCUGGCCGGUGAGGACGUCCUGGAGGAGGUGUGUGAAGGACGCAGCUGUACCGCCAACGAGCAGUGCUGUUCCGGCCACCUCUGCGUCGAGUUUGAUGGAGCCUCCGGGACGUGCAUGUCAUCAGGUGGUCAGCGCGAGGGGUCAGAGUGCCGCAGCGAUUCGGAAUGUAACGCUGGCCUUAUCUGUGACAUGGGCGCCUGUGUCAUGUUCCAGGGCAAGAAACGCUACAAUGAGCCCUGCACAGUGAGUUCUGAGUGUGAGGUUGGUCGAGGUCUGUGUUGUCAGGUCGUCCGCCGUCACCGCCAGGCGCCUAAGACGCUGUGUGGGUACUUCAAGGACCCCAUGAUCUGCAUCGGUCACGUCGCCACAGACCAGAUCGAGCACGUCGUUGACCACACCAAGGGAGAGAAGAGACUGACAGGCAAGACUCACGACUUCGUUACCAUCUGGGAUCGACGUUGUUAACCUAUACUGGCACUAGUAACUCUUACACGGCACUUGAAUGAGGGUAUGACCACAACAAACAUUCUUUUAGGUCCUACGAUAAACAAAACUAGGAUAAAAGAACAUCCUGAAUGGUUCCUUUAGUGAGGGAUAGUCUUAUAUAUCCUUAAUGAGAGAAAGGAUACUAAUAAAACAUCCUUGUAGGACCUAAAAUUAUAUGAUUAAUAAAAUAUCCUUUAAAUGAGAGAAUAGCCUGAAUAGUAUCCGUAAAUUAUAGGAUAGUUUUUAAAGACAUCCUUAAAUAAGAGGGAUAGUAUUUUAGACAUCCCUUAAGUAAAAUGGAUAGUUUUAAAACACCUAUCCAAGGAAUGGGAGGAUAGUCUUAGAAUUUUCUUUACUCUAGGGGAUAGUCAUAAACAUAUCUUUUCAAUGUCUUAAAUGAAGGGAUAGUCUUAACCUAUCCACUGUAUAUUUUAAGGUUUGUCUUUAAGUGAGGGAAUAGUCUUAAAACAUCCUUAGUGGACAGGAAAAAUCUUAAGGUGUUACUUGCAUGAAAGAACUACAUAAGUUGUUCAGGUUUUCCAUCUGUAAUAAACACUUCUCUUUAUUUGCCAUAUUUUGAUUCGAUUCAGACUUCAUUUAAUCAUAAUUAGAUGAAUAAUUGUAUUUCAUUAACCUGUAAGAGAGUUUUGUCAAAUCACAGGUUAAUAUAAGUCGUUUAAAUGAAAUUUGUGGUUAAUUUGGUUAAUUUUAGUGAUGAAGAGGUUAUUUUUUAUUGAGGAUUUAUGAAGUAGAGUUUAUGAUCCGUUGUAGUAAGAAUAACAGUGAAUUUUCUUGUAAGAUCUUUAACUACGAGUCUCUCUCAGUCAAGUGAAGCGUAAGAGUUUUUAAUUAAAAGUGUGAAUCUUGCUGUAUUUGGAGGCCAGAGUGUCUAGUGUAAAGAUUUUGAACUUAUACCACAUAUUGUUGCAUUUAUGUGUAUUUCGUGAGUAUUCGCGAGCAUGAUAGAUAAGAUAUACAAUGUUUAGACAUAAUUUUGUCUUCAGUAUAACCACGACUAACACUCACACGUCUUAUCAUACAUAUCUAAGUGAUAGGGAAAGGCUCUUAGAUCCAAAGGUUCUGAAUCAGAAAUAGGGAAAUUAUACAAAUAUAGACUAGAUGAUUAAUAAACAAAGGACGAUCAAUAGUUCGCUCCGUUUAGUACUUCGAUUCCAUGUUGGGUGAUUAUCCAGGAGUUCCAACCCCAAGCCCAUGCCAGCUAUGAGCCCGGUACCGGUAUUUAUUGUUCCCUCCUCGUCGUCUAUAGACCGUAACAUUAUUCAGUCUUUAAGGAGCAUGGGACUGGGUGUUGGGCCGUGAGAGUACCUUUGUGUGGCAAACUAUACUUAUUAUUAUUAUCAUAAUCGGUGUCUUGAGACUAGAAAGUAAUAACUAGACUAAAAUAUUACCGCAGGCAUGGUGUUUCGUGUGGCGUUCUUGUAAAUGUGGAUUAUCUGUACUAGCCCAGGCAGCUCCUGACCGUGGGCGUUCUUUUAACCUUUGACAGAUUCUUGUUGUACAUCUUGGUACUUCCUCACCAGGAAGAGAGAUGAACUUUAACAAAACCACCUUGGAAUAUGGCCCUCACAGCGGCCAUCUUCCACCGUGGUUGUCUGGUAGACCAUUUGUCCAAAUUAGGCAGAUAAUUGCACUGAAUAAAUGUAAAUUGAAUUUUUUAUGUAUCUUUCUCUCCUACAAAUCAUAUCUAAGAUAAUUAUAUACUAGUUUUUUCUCAUAUGUUAUUAAAAGAUUCUUUACCUAGCAGCUCAUUAAUCUUAAUUAGCGUAAUUACUAAUAACAAACACUUUUGAUACUUGUAAGACAACAUUUCAAGAAAUUCUUAUUAUACCAAAACAACAAAUACCAUCAGCUGUCUUCUGACCAAUCACGAUGAAGUCUCUUGUGACGUCACUUGAUAAAAUGACGUCAUAGAAAUAAUGACGUCAUAUCAGAGCUGUUUAUCUAUAGUCACUAACUUGUUGUAUUAUUACCUAUGAUCUUAUAUCUGGACAAUUAAACUAUAUUCUAAAUGC